UACCUCAGAUAUCAUUCUUCAUUUCCUAAGAUGACGUAAUGUGGUCAUCCGCUAAUAAGCUGUAAUAUAAGGCUUUCCUGUCGACAACAGAGCUAGUGGAUAGUGGAGAGUGCCCUGAGGUUCAUGGCUUGUACUGUGUGGGACUGAGGAAAGAGUUACAAUAGAGGACUUGAGAACUUUCCAGGAGAAUAAAGCAAUAAUCUAGACUGAUGGUUCUUUGUGAAAAAGCAAACUUAAUAUAAUGGAUAUAAUGGACCACUUACUGAGGGUCAUUUUAUUCUUGCUAUAUUUUUCUAAGAAUGUGCAGUCACUCAGCUUGCAAAGGCUUGGGUCACGCGCGUCGGUAGAUAAGAAUUCUUCUGGAUUGUAUGUUCCCUCUUGUUGGGCAUCCCCACGUGAUUCCCUCCCCCAGGGCAGGGUCCCCUACGAUGUCCAGACCCGUGUGCCGCCUGUGCAGUAUCUAAAUACAUCUGCCACUGACAUAGUAUGGGGGCCUCAAGUGAAUGUUACGUGUACAACUGGUGAAAAGAAAAGUAUAUUUCUGAACUCGUCACACUUAUAUGUUGACGAUGGUAAAGUUAUGCUUGGCUGGAAGAUUGGUAGAAAUUCAGGAGAUACAUAUACAUACUGUGUUAACUCCCUGGCUACUACAGAAGCAAGCGAAAAUGGCCCAACUUAUACUGCCCUCUUUUGCUACACAGACCCGUGCAAGAGCAGAGUCUGUGUAGAAAAGUGCUGCCCUCGCGGGAAAUUACUGGGAGAACACGGUUGCAUAACAAACAAUUUGAAUCUGAGUGACUGGGUGCCUAACUUCCACGACCAUUAUGACGAACCUUUCUAUGUUAACAACAUUAAUGUUGAAGAAGUACAAGUGCCCCUUCAGAUGGAGGAAUUUACUCUUGAGAAAAAUGGUUCCCUCACAGCGUUUGUGAGUGCACCACCCCGAGGUUUUUGCAUAGACCACUCAAGCAUGAAUGGGAUGGUGACAGAAGUGGCUAUAGUGUACGGUGGCGACAUUUCUGAUUACCCUGACUGCUUGUGGAAAACUCAAGUCCUGGACAUCAUUCUGUUGAGUGUUUCGAACAUAUUUUUGGCACUGACUCUUUCGGUAUACUUGUGCGUCCCUCAUAUCCGAAGCAAAGACCACCACUGGCCUCUCAUAUGCAUGCUGUUGUCUCUCCUCGUGACAUUCAUCUUGCAUAUAUGUCUUAGGAAAGUGAGACAUCAACUGGACGCUAUGUGCAGACAUUUUGGUAUGUUGGUUCUCAUGUUCACUCUUGCAACAUUCUUCUGGCUGAACGUGAUGUCUUUCAGCGUCUGGUACAAGUUACGGUAUCCCCGUUUAUCUACCAUGGGCAGAAGAACCUUCGCGUUGUUCAAUGUCUACGCCUGGGGUGUACCGCUGAUCGUGUAUGGCGUAGGCUAUGCGAUGGAUGCCCUGGCUCCCGGCGACUAUAGCCCGAACUUCAAAAAGGAACACUGUUGGUUCGAAGGUCACAACACAGCAAAAUGGAUGUAUUAUUACGGGUUCAUAGCAGUGAUCCAGGUAGUGAACAUCUUCUUCUUCCUUCAUAUUGCUUGUCGUAUGGCACUGUGGCAAAAAAGGAAGCCCUCAUCUCAUACUACUCAAAGAAGGACAUGUGUCUUGCCACCACUGUACGUUAACCUCGCCAUCGUCAUGGGGAUUGCCUGGACCCUGGAAUUAUUUUCUGAUGCCAACACAUGUGGACCUGUCCAGGUACUGAUUGACGUUAUCACCGGUCUUCAUGGGCCCAUAAUAUUCGUUGUGACAGUUUGCAAUCGGAACAAGUGGAAGGAGCUGAGAAGCAGAGUAACGACUUCACUAAGAAAAAUCACCCGUGACUCGAAGCUGUAAUUUGUGUGUGUGUGUGUGUGCGUGUGCGUGUGCGUGUGCGUGUGCGUGUGCGUGUGCGUGUGCGUGUGCGUGUGCGUGUGCGUGUGUGAGUAUACCGAACAUUAUGAUUUAUUUUUUUCAAACUUCUGCCUUAUAUAUAUAUAUAUAUUUAUAUAUAUAUCAAACAUAUUUAUACAAACAUAUUAAAUGAAUGUAUAGAUAGAUAAACUAUAGCAUCACCCGCAGUGACGGAGAUGCUGUACUCCAGAGAGAAAGCCAAUUUACCCCGCCAUUGAUGGUUAUGUAGGCAGCAGCUCAGUGGCCAGGUCGUUCUGCACAGUUACCAGGGGCGUCAAUUUUUUGGGGGGAGGUCCGGUUAUUGCUUAAAAGUACCCCUAGAAUACCUAAUUUUUCAACAUUUUUGUUCGCUUCCGUUGCCUACCCCGCCCCCCGAAAAAGCUGAAAUGACGCCCCUGCCAGCAAGGCACCCUGCAUGCUGCUUGCAUCAAAUAAAAAGUCAAAGGUUUAGCUGGGUACUAUAUAAUGAAUGUGGGCGCAUGGUUAGCUUAUUGCAUUAAUAUUAAGAAGUAAUGGUAAGUAUUACUGGUAAAAUGUAUUUCUGUAACAUUUCGUUAUGUUUGAAAAAUAAACUAUUCAGUUCCGUGCUUGUCAAAAUAGUCUC